GCCUACCGCGUCCCGUCAUCGCAGCUGCGUGUCGGCGGCGGCACUUUCGGCGCUGCUGUGGCGAACGCGCCGAGCGGCGGCGGUGAUGGCGCGGCCGGUCAGGAGGAACAAGAAAGUUGUUGAUUAUUCUCAGUUUGGAGAUUUGGAAGAUGAUGAUGAAGACUUUGCACCCUCAAGCAAAAAAUCCAGAACACAGCUCAAGGAAUCAAAGAAGGAGAAAAAAGAGAAGCCAAAAAAGCCCAAAGAAGUGACUCCAUCACAGACACAGACACUUAGUAAGAGGUUAUCCUUGGAUGACAAACUUUAUAAAAGAGAUUUGGAAGUUGCCUUAGCCUUAUCUGUCAAAGAAAAACCUGCAAAUCCCCAAGAAGUGCAAAAUUCAGAAGAACAAGGUAAAAAUAUUGAAUCAGAAAAUACACAGAGGAGACCCCCUUUUUCCAACUGUAGUGUAGACACUGAACUUUUAGGUCUUAAUCGGGUUAUGGAUGAUGAUGCACCUGAGGGUGAUGGGGGGCAAAAGACAGCUUCAGCCAAAGUUCCAGCACAUCACAAGUCAUUGGUGGUUGACAGUGAGGACAGAGCCCGUGAUCCCGAUUCUGAGCCAGAGUCUCUCCCCACAUCACCAAUAGUUUCUCCGUCCUGGAUAGCAGAGCACAACUCUGAGCCGAGGCAGAAGGUGAUGUGCAGUCCCUCAGAGGCGGCUGGGAGGCCUCUGCGUGCAUCGAGUCCCGUCACAGACAGAAAGCCGAAAUGGACACCGCCAGCUAUGGCUCCAUCAGGAAGCAGUAAUGCCUCUGUGAAAUGUGUUCCUGUUAAGUCACCUACUCACUGCCUUAGACUUGGCCUCUCCAGGCUGGCAAGAGUCAAACCUCUCCACCCCAGUGCUACCAGCAGUUAAAUGGUCAGUGACAAAGUGCCACACAGAGGAAAAGACUGUGGGAAGGCUUUUGCUGAUAAACAGAGGGUGGGCAGCAUCCUGGAAUCAUCCAUUCUGGAGGACUCUCGUUACGGAUGUGUCUGAUGUUAGGAUGAGUUUUUAUUCUGCUAAUUGCUAGGCAUCUUUAAGUGCUACUGAAUAAUAAUGUUAUUUAACCAAAGUGACAUCUGGGCCACCAGCUUUUUGAUGUAUUAUAUUUAGAGAUGUUGGUUUGUGAUAAUUUUAAUUCUUUUUAUACCUAAACUCCUGGCAUUAACAUAGUCUAGACAGCACUAUGGCAGUAUGGAUAACAGGGAAAUGUUUUUUAGAAUGUUGUAUUUAAAAAAAAAAUACCUAAAAUAAAACACUUUAUAAUAUCUAA